UAGAAGCUACUCGCGGGUAUUAAAGGUUGCAAGAAGCAUCGCGGAUCUUACAAAAAAGGUGAACAAGUAAAGAGAGAACACAUGCCGAAGCGCUGAAUUAUAAAAUCAGAUCAUGUUGAAGAAAUAGUUAACAUUUGACAUGCAUUUUCUUUUUACUGUAUACUACCAUUAAUAAAUUUUUGAUAUUUUUUAGGAGUAAGUUUAUGACAGCAUUUGUGGAAAACGCUAAAAACAAGUACAACGAGUUUUACGAUUACGUUAAAGAUAAUAAGGGAAAAAUGGCAGUAGCUGUUGGUAGUACAAUUGCAGUAUUUUCAUUUGCAGCUGCCUACUUGGCAUUUCCAGCUUAUGGAGUAAAAGUUGCAGCACUGACUGCAUCUGCUAUUGCAGCUAUAAGUGUUGGUUUUGCUUCGGCGUUUACGUUUGCAACAACUAAUCCAAUAGCGUUUGGCUUAUUAGCAAUUGCAGCAGUGGGAGCAAUUGGUAUACUUGCAGUGAAGAGUUACAAUCAGGCAAGUCAACUUGGUGAAGUUCGUGAUUUAUUUGUAGAUCGAAAUAGUGCGUCUGUGAUUCAAGGUGACCCAGAAAAAGUAUUAACUCAGAUUAAAGAAGUGCUUAAUAUUGAGGGUCCAGCAAAAGGUCAGGAGAGAGUUUAAGCUUCUUAAGAAGCUAGCUUUCAAUGAGGUAAAGGGGUGGAGAUCCACCCCUUUUUAAGCAGCUACUUAAAAAGCUGCUGUUAAAAAUCCAUCGAGUCUUCACACGUUUGUUCUUCGUAAAAGAAAUUUAAUGUUAUUGCAGUACCAAGCUUUGAUUCACUUCUAAUAUCAAAAGUACCACCCAUUAAUUCCACUAAUUUUUUACUUAGUGGCAACCCGAUACCUGUUCCUUCAUUUCUGUAACCUGAAUCCGCCUGACCAAAAACGGACAUGACUUUAUAUAUGUCUUGUUGCAUUAUUCCUAUUCCAUUAUCAUGGAACUCAAUGGUUAG